AUGGCUCCAACUCCGCAACAUUCCUUUGUCGAGCCAGCCGCGGCUUCGGCGCCCAUGACAAGGUCGCGCAAGCGGAAGGCUGAAUCGCAGGAGAACGAGAGGCUAUCGAAGCGCCUCAGCUUGCUCAAGCUUGAGAAGGACGGGCAGAAACUCUACGUGCCCGUUGAAUCACCCUACCUUGGCCCGACGACAUCGGAAGACAACCCUGGAGCGCUACCGCCAAUCCCAGAAGAUGACACCAUGCGACUCGAUGACAGUGCGCACAAAGUCUAUAUUUACAAUCUCGACGAUGAACUCUCCUCUUCAGACACAGAGUCUAUCUGCAGCAAUGACGACAGCAAUCACCGCCUGGUCUUCCUGGCAGAUAUUGACAAACACCUGCGGCAGAAUCGCAUUCCGCCCUCAGUAUUUGCCAACUCGGAAGGCAAUAUUGCAGGCACAAAUAUAAACGACAUGCAGAUGGUGCUCUACAGCGAUCCAUCUUCUCUCACUGUGCCCGAAGAGCAUGACAGUGUUCGAAGGGCGGUAAUCGAAGCCCGCAACCGUAUGCGGCAGAGACAGAAGGAGGAACGUGACGGUAUGGCUGACGGCGCAUCAAGUGUGACCUCACCGGCUACCGUGCCUUCGUCACGAAUAGCCGGAACACCAACCACGGCGGGGUCGUCAAGACUGGACACAAGUGCUGUUUACCGUUCCGCCGACGAUGAAAUGGAGUUGGACUGA